AUCCGAGUCUAGCGGUUAAAAUCUCAAAAGAGAGCAAACGGCACCGACUCAGGAACCAGAACAUAGGAAGCAGGAAGAUCAUCCACCUAGCGGAGAUUCAUUCAGACCCAUCCAUGGCGGAUCAAAACCGACACUCCUUAUCAGAGGAGAAGACUGUGAAGUCGCCUAAUGUGUUAGAACGGGUCAAAGAAGAAAUAGAGGCAAUGGGUCAUCAUGAAGAGUCGAGGAGUCACAGUCACCAUCACACAGCCAUUGAUGAUGUUAAAGGACCUGGUUUCUUUGAACGCGUCAAAGAAGAGGUCGAAGCCAUCGUUGGUGCUGUUACUCCUAAGCGUUCUUCAAAGAAGUGAACUUUCGUUACAUCUUCGUACAUAUAUGUAUUGAUAUGCAUAUGUGAGAGAUCCAAACAACAAACUCGAUUUCAUGUUACUAAUCGAAUCAGAAUGUUGCAUCGCCAAUAUUGUAAUAAUUACUAAGUAGGAAGUCUUUGUCACGUUGAAAUCAGAAUGCGCCAAUGUACAUAUGUUAAUGCAUCGUUGUUUUAUUGUUUUCUUGAGUUCUUUGUUUGGU